AUGAACCCUUUUGCUAUUUCUGGGGGCCCCGGGCCUCUCUCUGAUCCUAACCCUUACAAAAUAGACGUACAGGGGGCCCCCUCCAGGGGGGAGGGGGGGCCCCCCAGCAGUUGCAUGCGACGUGUCUCUGCUGUCUAUCACACAACGGCCACCGAAUCCACCUCCCCAACCUCUGGGGCCUUCCCUUGGGGCCCCCCUGGGGGCCCCUCAGGGGGCCCCUUUGGGAGUUCCUCUGGGGGCCCCGGUGGUUACCGCCCUGGGGGCCCUUCUGGGGGUGGCGCUCAAGGGGGCCCCCAGGGAGCUAGAGGGCCCUCUAGGGGCCCCCGUUCAGGGGGCCCCCUCACUGGGGGCCCCUCGGGUGUUGCGUUUGUAGGUGGGGGACAGUUAGACCACUUACUAUGUUCAAUUGUGCUUGCAAAGAAUGAUAGAUCUCGCCUAUCUGCUUUGCUUACUCUGGAGGCAGACUGCGAAGUGCUGCUGUCAGACACUCAGAGACUGCAUGCAGCCUUUACUGUUCUUGAUGCCGUGCUGUGCAACUGUAAUUCUUUUAAGUUCAAAGCGAGAGGGGGCCCCCGCAAAAGGCCGGGGGUAGAGACACUGCAGACAGCAUCGAAGUCUCUCAGCACUUCACAGCAGGGGCCCCCAAAGGGGCCCCCAGAAGAACCCUCAAAGGGCCCUACAGAGGGGCCUACAGAGGGGCCCCCAGGGGGGACCCUAGAAGGGGGCCCUCUUCAACAGCAAACGGGGGCAGAAGGAAGACGUACACCGCAAGCAGCAGCAGAACCAACAGGCUUGGGUGCUGCUGCUGCCUCAGCAGCCAGCAUAAACCGGCAACAGCAGCAGCAACAGCAACAGCAGCAGGAAGGCAUGGUGCAGCUGUCUCCUUCUGGGCCUUCCUUAGACAACUCUCCAAGGAGUCCCUUCCCUGCUGGCCGCAGCGACGUGUCUGUAUCCCCCGAACCUGCUUCAACCAGCAGCAACAGCAACAGCAACAGCAACAGCAGCAACAACAACAGCAGCAGCAGCAGCAGCAGGCGUGUGCGGGGUUGUGCUUUGUCUGUUUCGGACUCUCAUGUGUUAGUGCCUCGCCCCUUCUCUGUAUUAUCUCGUAUGCUAGCUAUGCAAACAUGGGUCUCAAUUGCAGCAGCAAUAAACUGUCUCCUUGUCGCCCCUCAUUGGCUGGAGCGCCUGGUGGGGCUGCUGCAUGCACUCGCCAGCAGCAGCGCAGCAGCAGCCCCACACCCCAUCAGGGCCUCCGCAUGCAUUUGUCUUGAAGAGCUAGAAAUCUGCUUCCCAGGCCUUUUGUCUCCUUUCUUGGGGCCCGAUGGAUUCGGAGACCCUUCCACUGUCUCUGGUGCGGGGCCCCUGGAUCUGCGCUAUAUCGCUUCUCUGGGGGCCCCUACGGGGGGCCCCCUGUGGGGGCUCCCAGGGGCCCCCCGUGAGGGGACCUCUGGGGGGACCCGUGAGGGGGCCGCCGGGGGGCCCCUCUUCCUGACAGACAUAGUUCAACGCGAAGCCCCUUGGGGGGCGGAGGCCCCUACGAUGCUGCUGCUGCGGUGUCUCCGUCAUCAUUGUGAGAGUGCAGUUUGUGAGGGACAACUAAUUAAAGAAGAAAACGAAGAAAGGAGACAGAUAAAAGACAGUGCUCCCCUAGAAGGAGACAGCUGCGUAGACACCCCAAAUGAAGCUCUCUCCUCUACAUCAUCCCUCGCUGGAGACACACUUAGCCCUAUCCCUUGCCUUCACAGAGACCUGCAGGAGGCUUCUUUAACAGGGGGGCCCCCUGGGGGGCCCCCAGGGGGCCUCCUAGAGGGACAGACAGGCCGAGCACAGGGUACAGUUCCAGCGCCGCUGCACUACAGAAGUAAGGAGGACUCAACGGGGGCCCCAAGGCCCCAGCAGCUGCAGCAGGAGCAGCUGCUGCUGUUGUGCUCUCAGCGACCACAGCAGCAACAGCAGCAACAGCAGCAACAGCAGGAGCAACAGCAGCAGCAGCAGCAGCAGCAUGAAAGGGGUGUUUGCUUUGUGUUGCAUGCGUUCGUUCUUCACAGUCCCUUCCGUCGGGGUGUCUCCGGUGCCUCUACCCGCCUUAACCCUCAACAGCAGCAGCAGCAGCAGCAGCAGCAGCAGAGAUAUAUGCCUAAGGCCUCCCCGGUUGCUUCGGCCACUAACUGUCUCCUUGAAGAAUACCCUCUCUUUGGUGUUAGAGGGACUGUGGGGAUAUGGAGACUGGGGUCAGCUCUCCGUCUGCAUGCACCUCGCCUUCUUCUCGCGGUGGUAUAUGGCGCUGAUGCAGCACCCGCGUUUUGCUGCAGCAUUUUCUGCUGCCCCAUCCUCAAUCUUCUGUCCCUCUGCUGGCGACCCACCUUCAGUAAAGGAGCAGCUGUUACAGGCGUUGCUGCUGCACUGCAGCAGCAACAGCAGCAGCAGCAGCAGUGGCAGCAGCGGCGGCCGCAGGGGCCCCCCUUGCAACCUGUUUGA